UAAUUCACUCAUUAUCCAUUCCCUCCCACAAGCGUCAGUCAGUGGAUGGCUUCGAUCCCGCCAUCAACCUGGUCUUCGGUUCCUCGAACUCUCGCUUCUCCUUCCUCCUAUGCCGACACAUCUUCCGGCGCCAAGAUUGUCUUGCUCCCGCCUAAAAGAUUUAAAUACUGCAGAACGCUCACGGCUUCGUCCUCCGAAGAUGGCGCAUCCACCGGAGAAACCGAAGUCCCUGACCACGUACGGCUCGCGUUCUCCAAGGCCAACGCCUAUAGAAAAGGCAAGAUGUUUUCUACCCCGCAGGCGCCGGUAAACGCUCCGAAAUCCUCCGGGGAAUCCGACGUACAGGCCCAAGGAAGUAGCGGCUCCGUGCCGGACGUCCCGAUUGCCGUUAAGCUCGCUAUGGAGAAGGCCAAGGAGAACAAGAAGAGCAUGCAAGCCUCAGUUGAAGAACCGAGAGAUCCCGGUGAAGAAGACAAGAGUUUAAGGAACUCAAGAAAGGGUUUGGUAGAGAGCAAGUUAAAGAAGAAGGACGAGCUAAAAAUUUCCAGCAAGGACUUUUUGGGGCUUAAUUUCUCUGAAAAGAAAAAUUAUAGAGGAAAGCCUCCUGGUUUAGUAACACCAGUGGGUCCCCUUUUGGAAGGUGAUGUGCCAGAAGUGGAAAUUAUUGUUGGGGAUGUAAGCAAAUUUGAAAGAACACCACAAGCAAGUAGUUCGUCUGAAGUAAUCGACAGAACGGGUCUAUACAAACCCAAAGUCUCCACAUGGGGCGUCUUUCCAAGGCCCAAUAACAUCUCUAAGACGUUUGGAGGUGGAAGAGUUAUUGAGGCUGGUGGAAUACUUGAAACUCCAGAGGCAAAAGAAGCAAAAGAAAAGCGUAGCAGAGAGUUAAUUUCAGCUUAUAAAAAAAAGAUGGGUUUCACAGUUGAUUUAAAAACAAGAGCUGAGUGUGAAAAGGCAUUGAAGGAAGGUGAUGGCUUGAUGGACCGGGGACAACUAAGAGGUGCCUUGCCUUACUAUGAGAUGGUCAUGAAAAAUUUGAUAUUUCAGAGUGAACUGCAUGGGUUGGCUGCUUUGCAAUGGUCUAUUUGUCAAGAUUCUCUUAGCAGGCCAAAUGAGGCGAGAAUCAUGUAUGAAAAACUUAAGUCUCAUCCGAAUGCUGAAAUAAGCAAGAAAGCUAGGCAAUUCGUGUUUAGUUUUCAGGCUAUGGAAAUGAUGAAGGUGAAAGACACAUCCCUCCCAAGAAAAACAGGCUAUGAGGAUUACUUCGAAGCAUUUGUAGAAGACAAAAAGGCAAAUUACAUUGCUUCAUCUGAGAAGGAUGAGAGAGUAUUAGAGCAAGUUUUACCAUAUCUUAUAUUCCUUUUAUCUCCGAUGCUUGUUAUUCUUUUUGCUGUUGUCAAAAACUCUUUUUAGUUAAAAAAAACUAAUCUGUGAUAUAUGCAGGGUGGCAUAUUUAACCAAUGUUUCAUGCUUGGUUGAUGCAUAGUGAAAUAAUCUAUUUCUAUAGUUCUCUAUGAAAA